GCUGGGACGCCUCUGGACGCAUAAAUCAAGCCAAAAAACGCCGGAGAUGCUGCUCGAGUUUUAAAUUGGUGAGCUCGCAAGCGCCGCAUAGAUCGACGCCGAAGCUCUCCGAGCUACAGCAGCAAGCGACAGUACUGCACAGCACGCGUGGCGAAAGAGCGCACUGAAAACGCCCGCAGCGCGCCAAAAUCAAAGCUAAAAAUGGAGGCCGCCCUCUUCCAGGACACGCCCGCCCUCCUCGCGGCCCAGCUCGACCCCAAGACCCAGAAGGCCGCCGAGGAGGCCUUCGCCCAGCAGCAGCGCUCCAACCCGCGCCAGCUCGCUUCGGAGUUAGUCUCGUGCCUCGGGAACGGUCAACUAAAUCCGGCCGUGCGCCAGCUCGCCGCGACGCUCUCCAAAAGGUUCACGGCGCCUCGACGGGCGCUCGGCGCGCUCGGCGAGUGGAAUUCGCAAGCGGUCGACGGCUUCCGCGGCGCGCUCUGGCAGGCCUUGGCGAGCGGGCCCGAGCCGCCCGUCGCGCGCGCUUUAUGCGUCGCCGUCGCGGAAGAGGCGAGCGACGCCAACCAACCCUGGCCCGCCGCGUCCAGUAACUGCGUCGCCGGCCUGGGCGCCGCGCCGGGCUCGCCGCAGGCGACGGUCGCGCUCACGCUCUGCGCCGUCGGCGAUCGGCGUCCGUAUAUCGCGUCGAUGGCGUGGACGAUCGCCCACACACACCACACGAAACGCGAAAACACGAACGCAGGCCCUCGCCGACGGCGACGACGCCAAGGUCGGCCUCGCGGGCGACGCCAGCAUCUCCGAGGUGAUUGCACCAUUACAACAACAUUUAGCUUCGGACGCCGAGACCGGUGUUUUAGCCGUCAAGGCCGCUUGUACUCUAGCGAUCCGGUGCUCGUCGGCCGCGAGGAAGCAGGUCCUCGCUCCUUCAUUAGCCAAGGCCGUGUUACAAGCCACGCAAGUCUUCCUGACGAAGGACGAAAGUAAAGGUGUCGAGUGCCUCGACGCGCUCGUGGACGCGGCGGGCGAGGCGCCCGCGUUUCUCGCCGCCGAUGCCGGUCAAUUAUUAGGGCUGGUCGGCGCGGCGGCGAACGCGGCCCAGUUCGAGCCCGAGACGCGUUCCCGAGCGCUCGAGGUCGCUCUGGCUCUCGCGGAGGCGGCGCCGGCCGUCGCGCGUCGGCACGCCAAUGAUGUGGUCACGAACGUCAUCCCCGUGGCCGUUGGAUUGUCGCGGACGCCGGAGGAGAUCUCCCCGGAAGAAUGGGCGGCGCAGCCCUGUCCUUUGUUAGCCUUAGCCGACUGCGACGACGAAGGUGAACAUGUUAGGGGCGGCGACCAGGCUCUGCGUAGACUCGCGGCUACGUUAGGCAAGAAGGUCGCUCCGAAAUUACUAGGCGACGCCGGGCCCGCGUUAGCGUCCGAGCGGUGGGAAGAUCGACGAGCUGCCCUAGCUUCGCUCCACGCUCUAGCUUUAGGUGCGCCCAAGGAGCUCAAGGUCCACUUGGCCACUGUCGCUACUGUAGCGUCCCAGACCUUCGAGCGCUACGCUUCGAACAGUGAAGACCCGCGGUGUGUCUUGGAAGCUUGUAGAUUGGUCGGUGCGUUGUCGUGCGCGUCGGGCGAACCUUAUCAACGCGCCGCGGCGAAGAACAAGGUCCCGUCGCCUCUGUUGGCUAUCGCCCAAGCAUUAUCUGGUGUGACUUCUGGUCGAGUAGCGGGUGCUUUAUGUGCCGCCGCGUCUCUCUACGCGACCGCCGGCAACGAUGAUGUGGAAGAGCAGUCAGCGUGGGUCGAGGACUCGCUCAAUGUUCUCGUGCCCGCGCUGGCAAGGGCUCUCGGCGCGUCCAACGGCGACGCGUCGGCGCAGAAGGCCGUGUUAGAGGCCAUCGGCGCCAUCGCCUCGAGGGCGGAUUCCGUCUUCGGUCCGCAUUAUGCUACUCUGAUGCCCUUAUUAGCCCAAGCACUCCAAGGCACGCAAGCGUCCCAAUCUGAGGAAGUGGCGCAGAUGCGGGCGAGAGCCAUCGAGUGCGCCGCGGCUAUUGGGGCCGCCGUACCAUCUCAAUUCAGGAACGACGCGCCUGCUGUAUUAACGGCGUUGGUCGCCGACGCGUCCGUGCCGCCGCCUACCACUGAUACGGCCGAGGACGACGUGGACGACCUGGCUUUAUCUACCUUACUCCCAGCCGCUAUUCGAAUUGUCGCCACGUGCGGCGCGCAACACUUAGGAGAUGCGGCCCUCGAAGCCGUAGCCAAACCGUUGUUAGUCGCCGCGCAAGCCGAGACGCAGAUCAGUCACUCCAACAAUGUUGGUGAUGAAGAUGUUCGGAGAGAAGCUUCCGGUAUUUACUCCUGCGUGAUCGGUGGGCAUCGAGUUGCCGUGAAUCUACGAGCUAUUUGGGGGAAAGAAAAAGCUUGUGACUUGCUCGGGGAGUUGGCCGAGGCCUGCGGGCCGGCGUUACCUCCGUCCGUGGCUUGUGCCUUCGCUUCGGCGCUAGCUUCCAAUCAAACGUGCAUUGGGGCCGAAGCUGUCAGAUCAACAGCUUCCUGCUCGCUAGCUCAGGUCGCCGGGUCAGCUGUUUCUGCCUUCCGCGAAGACGCGUCCCGGAAGCCGCAAGCCUCGGCGCUCAUCGACGGCGCUUUACGUUCGACAAGUGACGCGUUGCAGGCUGAAAGAAGUGAUGAAGCUAGACCGUUGCACGUGCGCGCUUUGUCUGAUGUUUUAGAACACGUGGCCCAAUCCCACGUCGGCGGCUUGGAAGCUGGUUUACUCGAGGGCUCGAAGCCCUCUCCGUUAGCUGAUAGCGUGGACGAUCAAUUUUUAGAUUCAUUAGUGAAGUCCCUCAUCGCGGCCGCAAAGGAAUCUGAUACAAGGAGGGACAAGGUCGAGCAGGACUUGAAAGCCGACGGCGCCUUCGACGACGACGAUGGCGACGCCUUAGCGGAAGCAUUGGAGGCCGAGGACCAGCUCCAGGAGAAUGUGGUGAAUGCCGUGGGUUGGGCGCUCAAGGCGAAGCGAGACGCGUUCGCCGACUCGACGUUCAAGUCGACGGUCCUGCCGCACUACGCUCCUGUAUUAACGAAGGCCAAUGCAAGGGAAAAGGACGUGCAUGCCGCGUUAUGUACGCUCAUCGACGUCGUCGAGCACGGCGGUGCUUCGGGCUUGGUCGCGCAGGCGGCGCCCACUGUACUAGGGGUGUCUUUGAGGUUGGUCGGCGCGCGGGAGACCUCAGCAGGCGUGCGCGCCACGGCGGCCUACGGCGUCGCCGUCGUCGCGCGGAAGUGUGCUUCUGCAUUAAAAGCUGUGGACGUGAACCAGGCCUGCGCGGUCCUGAAAGCGGUCGUCGACGCCGGGGGUGCGUCGGCGGACGACGACGACGACGAGGAGACGAAGUCGAGGGCGGUCGAGAACGCGGCGAACGCUGUCGCGGCGGUGGCGGAUGCGUUGUACGCGCCCGAUAGCACAGAACGGCAGCAGUUGGUCGGGUGGUGGCUCGGGGCCUUGCCGUUCGAGGAGGACGACGAGGAAGCUAGAAGGGCCCACCGGACGCUGGUGACUGGUCUCGAACGGGGCGAUCCCGCGUUACGGGCGCACCUGCCGCUCGUCACGGCGCGCCUCGCGGACGCUCUUUCUACGUUGGAGGGCUCGCCUCCAUCUUCACCGACGAAGCCCUGCGAGACGCCGCUCGAUUCUAAUACGGCGCAGCGCGCCGUCCGGGCUUUGAAGGGCGUCAACGCCGAGCAGCCGGCCGUCAUCCAGUCGGCCUACGCGGGCCUCAUGAAGCCGGCGCAGGAGGCGCUCCAGAAGGCGCUGGCGUCGGCCUAGUUAUCUAUCCCUCUCUCUCCCCCGCUAAUAGAGCUGUGCUUCUACUGGCUCAGGCUCAGGCUGCGUCUUGCUAGUGUCUUACAGGCCGCUAGCCACGCAAAACAGGGAAUUUGCCGCUACCGCGAACCAGGUAGCUUGACUUCGUUAGUAAACGCCGCGUAAACAACUCUGACAAUCCCCCGUCCUGCGUUUUCUGCCGCUCGAUCGAAUCUAACCGACUGAGCCAAGUGAGAACACCCUGAGGCUCUGCCGCCGAGACGACCGCGCCGCGUUAUAAUCAAAUCGCGGAGAGACGUCUGGACGCCCCGCAGGCACG